AUCGACCCCUUUCACUGCGGCUGGAACGCUGAGCGGACUGGCCCGCUUCUCUCAUCCGAAUCUCGGCGCUCAUUGUGAGACAUAACCACUACUAUUGGCUUUUAGUUACCACCGGAUCUUUUGCAAAUGCAGGCGAUUAAAUGCGUGGUGGUCGGCGACGGGGCCGUGGGUAAGACCUGUCUGCUGAUCAGCUACACCACCAAUGCCUUCCCUGGAGAGUACAUCCCCACUGUCUUUGACAACUAUUCUGCCAAUGUGAUGGUGGAUGGUAAACCAGUGAACCUGGGUCUCUGGGAUACAGCAGGACAAGAAGACUACGACAGGCUCAGACCACUGUCUUACCCACAGACGGAUGUGUUCUUGAUAUGCUUCUCCCUGGUCAGCCCGGCUUCCUUUGAGAACGUCCGAGCUAAGUGGUACCCUGAGGUGCGUCACCACUGCCCCAACACGCCCAUCAUCCUGGUGGGCACCAAGCUGGACCUGAGGGACGACAAGGACACCAUCGAGAGGCUGAGGGACAAGAAGCUGUCCCCCAUCACCUACCCCCAGGGCCUGGCCAUGGCCAGGGAGAUAGGUGCUGUGAAGUACCUGGAGUGCUCUGCGCUGACUCAGCGAGGGCUGAAGACGGUGUUUGACGAGGCCAUCCGUGCCGUGCUCUGCCCCCCGCCCGUCAAGAAGAGGGGAAAGCGAUGCACCGUCUUCUGAACAGCCCCUGUCGUCCCAAGACCUCCAGACCCCUCCCCCCCCGCCCCCCCCCCCAGCCGUAAGGAGCUUCGAACGGUCAACCGAUAGUUAGUAUUACAAAACAUAACCAUGACAACAACCACUACUUCUCUGAGAGAUGAAAGAAGAGAGAUGUGAGAGAUAGAAAGCGAGUGACACAGAGAGAGAGAUACUGCACUGCUGAGCUUUUUUCUAAGUGAAAUCUUUGUUUCUUCUAAGAUGUUGCUACAGUACAGAUAUAACAAAGAUAACUGGACAGUUUUUCUUUUCUUUAUUUUUUACAGUAUUGAAUAUGUUACAUUUUUCACCUUGAGAAAUUGAUCAAAUCACUUUUGAAUCAUCAUUCAGUUUUUAUAUGAGGGGGAAACUCAAAUGAACAACCGCACCUGUGGACUGUAGCACAGUCCAUCCUCAUCCACCUCCCUCCCCACCCCACCACCCUCAACCUCACCCUGCCAACCUCAUCCCACCCCUGCCUCUACCCCCACCCUAACCCCACCACAGCCUCACACCCACCUCCCAACAGUCCUGCUACUCUGAGCUGAUGCUGAGUUUAAACACCGUGUUUCAAACAGCCUGGAAAGUCAACUGUGAAUAGGGCUCCUGGUACAAGUUGUCCCGAGCCACAUAUCUGGGGUCAGUUUACAGGCUCCAGGCCUGAACCAAGGCUGUCAGACUCAUCAAGACCAAUCUGACCCCAGAUCUGUGUGUAGGGGCAACUACUAGGUCUUAGUGUGACAGACUUGCAUGCCCAACAAGGAGCUGUCUAACAUGGCCUGCCUAAGGAGCCUGCAUGGGUAUGACCGAUCUUAGUCUUAAAGUACCCCAUCGUUUAUGUUUGUGUGCGGAAGAGUGCGUGUGUGUGAGUGUGUGUGCUUGCAGGCGUGAGUGAGCAUGGAUAUGUGUGUGAAGGACAGUAUUGUUUCAAGCAAGUUUUUUAGUGUCAAGUUUUUGGUACUAUUUCAUAUUGUAUUGUAGUUCUACACCAGCCUUUUCAAUGAGCUGUCCACAUAGAUGGGAGGGGUUUUAAUGCUGAGUCUAGUGAUGUACAGGUUAACCUUAGAGAGGGAAUGCAUUAUGGAUAUAUCUAUAUGUACCUGAAUAUUUAGCUCUUUAAUCCUAAACAAGUUAAACUAAAAGGAUAAUAAUAGUCACUCACGCUGAAUUUAGAGAUGUUGCUAAACAGUAAGUAAGUAAAUAAAGGGGCAAUCCAUGGAACAUUUGUCCCUCGUGGCGAAUAAGUGGAUUGCACCUUUUACAAAUGCAUUUCUGUGUGGUCAUAGAUCUGAAGUGUUUUGUCUCCCUCUUCUGGUGUGACAGAGCACGACAGUCUUCUGUCAUGCUGUCAUUGGUUGGCAUAGCAACUGUGUGGUUGAAUUAUGUGUCUGGUCCUGCCUAAGGUGUCAGUUAUAUGGUAGCUCAAAAACGCUACAGAGUACAAUCUACUAUUGCAUGGAUAUGAACAGGUGAAAUUGACCCAUUGUAACUUUUAGGACGGUUAUAUGAGAUGCAUUGACGAUGUAUGUACUGUAAGAUGACUUGUAAACUUGUUUAACUGUUUUGUCUUAUUUUUUAUGACUUCACAUGUCAGUGUUGUGAAAUAUUUCAAUUUUGUAUAAUAAAUACAAAUGUAUAUGUAAGGGGA